AUGACACCACGGGAUGUUGAAGUUGCUAUCACCAAAAAGUUGGAGCCCAUCUUCGGGAAAAAUGGAAUGAAAUUUGAGAUUGAGUACGUCCAAACAGUAAGGGAUUGGCAUGACCUUUUGCCAACUGAAGUGACACUGAAGAACGCUUUCAGAGACAGAAAGGCAAAGGAUGGGCAGGACAAGAAAAAAAUCCCCCAAAGCUUCACCUACCUGUGCCGAGAAGGCUUGCCACCUGAUGUGGUGGAAAAAGAUGAACGACUUCCCCGGCAUCUCAGGGAAAAUGACUUUGACAAGACGCGUCUUGACGUGUUCGCACUUGUGAAGGCGCACAUGAGUGACACUUUGCUACAACAAAAUCCUUUGCUAGUUCUGCCGCAGACCCUUAUCGCAGCGACAGAGCGAUUCUACAAUGGUGCCAACACAACGCGCAAGACUCUUGCGGGGCGAUUGAAUCCAGAGCGGGAAGAAGAGUUGCGCCUCCUUGCUGAUGCCAUGGAGCAAGACUUCCCCCACCUGCAAAGAACAGUGCGGUAUUACCGCAGCUUGCUGGAGCCAGUGGUGCCGUUGAAGCCUUACCCCCGCUUAGCAUUCCUUGAACAUGCCCCCAAUGCAAUUAAGAUCUAUGUGGACUCCCUGCCCGCUUCACCCAGCGAACCUCAGCGUCGGGUCUUGUCGCUGACGCCUGGCGAGUCAAUGUCUGAGUUCUACCUCCCCUUGCAGAAGUUUGAUUUCUCGCCGGCUGGCAAAAAUGGAUAUUAUCCCAACAAUGGUCAGUUUGCCCUCCACUUUGGGGAGUUCCUUCACUACGGAUACCGAAUUGAAGCCGAGAGUGUCAUGUGCAAAUUCCCGUUCUCGGAUGGGAGCCGACAGAUCGACGAUUGGACUGUUGGAACAGUGGAUGGGCAAACGAAAGUCCUCCUGAUGCUCAGCAUCGUUGCCAUUUGCUAUGAGCUGGAGAUCAAGAUUAGUGACCUUGGUCCCCUCGCUUCUACGCUGCGCAGCUUCAAAUUCGUCCGUUGUGGCUACAAGCACUAUGAUCACCCAGGCUCACAUUUCCUUCACUCUUUGAAUAUCAGUGCUGCGAUCGACUUGGAACGCAGGUCUUGCACUGGAAGGCCUAUUCCUUUGCGUGAUCUCUUGAACAGGGUCAUCGCGGAGUACAACAAGAUGGUCAGUGUGAAGAAACACCGCAUUGACACCGGUCGCAAGAACUUGAUCUACAACCUUCUUCGCUCGCCCAAGAAGUUUGUGCAACUUGUUCACAGCCACUAUGACAGCUAUCGCCAUGAGCAAUCAGGCCUGCCGCUGGAAAUCUUGCAGAGCGACUUUUGGGUACCUGGGAACACAUCGCGUGCUGAAUCUGCACGCUAUGCCACCAAGCAACAGUUCCAGGAGAUCUUACAGACCACUGAGGAUUCAGCUUUGAUGUGGGCAAUGCGUGCGACAAAGGACUUUUCUCGCAAAGCCAGCAAAGAUGCGACCAUGAAAGCAAAGGCGGGUGAGCCUUUUGACAUCAAUCGCAUUCCGUUUGUCUUGGAGAUUCGUGGCAAGAGCAUGGAAGAGUAUGUCUCCAAGAACCAAGACCGGGCCAGAAACGCUCACUUAAAGAGCCUAGAUGCGGCCUUCAGUGCAUGGACUGAAGACUUGAAGUCGGAUCAAGCGCAAUUUGAAAGUGACCGAAUCUUGGCAGAGAAGGAGAAAGGCAAAUCCAGAGCAAAGCUUGUCAAGCAACUGGAGGAAUGCCACGACAGAGCCUGGCAAACAGUGCGAAAAUUCCUGGAGGAGAACUGCAUGGUCUUUCCUGCCAAGAGCGCGAUGGAUGCGGAAUCAACAAUCAUGCCAAAAUGCCGCUCAUGGAUCCGGCGUUGCCUUGAAGAUGUACCAGACUGCACCAGUGCCGAGGACCACUCUGUCGUGAUUUGGCUCAAUGCCCCUUCGGUGGGUAUUAUCCCAUCAGCCAAGUACGAAUUUUAUUUGACCUUUGUGACCAACAUGAUGGCUGACUAUGCCAAGAACGGAAUUUGCCUGAUCAUCUUUCCGAACAGAGCGUCGCAGAAAAAAGUGAAAGUCAGCAAGGAAGAGGAAGACGAUAGCAAGACAAAGGAGGAGACGAAGAAUGAAUCCGAUCAAAGUGAUGACAAUUCCGACGGAGAUGGCAACAGCGGGUCCUUUGCAGCUGGUGAAGACGCAGAAGUGCGUGAUGUGAUCUACAAGCUGGAGCUGCUUGCCUUGUCAGACAAAGGGAGCGACCUGCGGAUGAAGGAACGCAACUUGACCGUGCGCAGUCUCACAUGGGUCUUUGACCCUGCAAGCCCAACUCGUGGUGUGGCAUUGCCGCACCUCGGCAAAGCGUUCACAGACGUCCAGGAGUUGAAGCAAGUCGGUGGUGGCACCGACAUCAUCAAAAAGUCGCUGCAGGCAUUUUGCCCGCCCAAGUCCCGCACCAAUGUGUUGGUGGAUGUAGCUGGGUACGACGCCUGGCUGGCGCUUGCAGCUCUGGAGGAAAUGAAGACCGUCAGAACCUUUUGUGCAACAUUGGUUCUGGACAACAGCGGGACCGAGUUGGUAACCAGAAUCAGCAACCGGGUCUACACCAUGUGCAGGGCAAAUGACAUGAACGUGCCAGGGUUCCCAGACUAUGGACCAACAAUCGAUGCAUUGAAACAAGGCUCAACACCGACGGCACCCCGGUCUUACAAGGUCUGCAUUCAGCAGGCUGAUCGUUUGAAGGUGCUAGAGAGCUAUGCGGAGAAAUGGGUGUCUACGCCUUCAACUGUGGACAGGGCCACUGAAUUGAUUGAGGCCCACAAUUCGACAUACAAUCCUGAUGCAGAAUGGUGGGUUGCCGACAAGAGCGGGCCUGCAGAAAGUGAAGAUCGACCUGUCAAGCGGAUCAAGAUUGAACCUAGCAACAAAGCAACCCAGGAGGACAUCACCAGCUUGGCCAACCCGUGA